GACCUCUACUCUAGGCCUUUCGGUUUGCGCGGGCCGGCCCGCUGCGGGGAGGGGCGGGAGCUCUGGCGGCCGCUCACGAUGGAGAAGCUGGAGCAAGGCCUGUUGAUGCAGCCAUGGGCCUGGCUACAACUUGCUGAGAACUCUCUCUUGGCCAAGGCAUAUAUCACCAAGCAGGGGUACGCCUUGCUGGUUUCAGAUCUUCAACAGGUGUGGCAUGAACAGGUGGAUGCUUGUGUGGUCAGCCAGCGAGCCAAGGAGCUGAACAAGCGCCUGACUGCCCCCCCUGCGGCUUUCCUCUGUCAUUUGGAUGAUCUGCUUUGCCCGUUGUUGAAGGACACAGCUUGCCCCAGCAAAGCUACCUUUGUCUGUGAUCGUGUGGCCGAGGCACUGAUCCUGCGCGUGCGGAGUGAGCUCUCUGGUCUCCCCUUUUAUUGGAAUUUCCACUGCACCCUAGCCAGCCCUUCCCUGGUCUCCCAGCAUUUGAUUCGUCCUCUCAUGGGCAUGAGCCUGGCCUUGCAGUGCCAAGUGAGGGAGCUAGCAACCGUACUUCAUAUGAAAGAUCUAGAGAUCCAGGACUACCAGGAGAGUGGGGCUGUGCUGAGCCGAGAUCGGUUGAAGACGGAGCCAUUUGAAGAAAAUUCCUUCUUGGAACAAUUUAUGGUAGAGAAACUACCAGAGGCAUGCAGCGUAGGUGAUGGAAGGCCCUUUGUCAUGAAUUUACAGAAUCUGUAUAUGGCAGUCACCAGACAAGAGAUCCAAGGGAGACCGAACCAUCAGGGCACUGGAGAUCCUCAGCCCUCAAGCAGUGCCUCUCCACAAGGGACCGAAAACCAAGUUCUGAACCAGCCGGAAGAACCAGCACCAUCCCUCCCAGUGCCCGAGAAAGAGCCCCCAGGUACUUCAGGCCCUAUGCACAGACCUCAGCUGUCAAAGGUCAAGAAGAAGAAGCUGAGGGGGCUCUUCAGUUAACCUGUCUCUGUCCCGACUGCGGAGAAUGGGCUUGGAGAAUAGUUUCCUCGUGUCGCCUUGAGAGGAGCUCCUGUAGCAACAGCAUCUCCAGCACGGGGUUACAUAGUCAGAGGCCCCACAGCAAGGCUGACGUAACAGAAAUUCCCGCGGACAGGCGUGGGUACUGUUAACCCAGGGAAUCUGGGCUCCCACCCGCUGGGCGUUGGCCUUCCCUAGCCGAGUGGAAGCCAGCUUCUGAGAAUCCCAUACCUUCCUCUCUUUUGUCGGAGGUUCCCCAGACCCAGGAUCCUACCAUGGACUUUAGGUGCAGAGGACAAGUCAGCAAAAAAGGCACAACGUGCUCAGGAAGCCUUGUCCACCUUUCUCAAGAGUCCCUAGCUCCUCAGAGACCCACUUCUCUCUUAAGCCCGGAAUAAAAAGCACUCACACUCCCCUG